AUGAUGGGUGCGUUUGCCUCCCAGCAAUCAAGCACUGCUGGAAAACUGUUCUCUACCAAAAAAUGGCCAGAGGCAGCGUCGUUGCUUGCUUCCUCAUCUGCUACCUCCCCAACCGAAGUUAACGGUUGCUCUGUUGUUUCUGCAGCACGAUAUAGCGAGAGUACAUCCCCCGAAUCGACGACAUCGCCAAUGUUCCCCGAUCGUCCAAUUCACCCGUUACCGAAACGCCGCCUUCGCGAAAGACUUUCCCCCGAAGUUGCUGAUUCUAUCAAGUACCCGCCAACGCCGCCAACUAGUGUCUUUUACUACCCUUACAAAGAGGAGGAGCCCGAUGUGUGCAACGGCAGUCACUGUUCCAAUGGAGUUGCGCAGAAUGACGAGGAGGAAGAUCCGUCGAGGGUGCGAAGAAGUCAGGCCGUGCCGCGGUCCGCCCCGAGUAUUCGCUCGAUCCCCUUCCGACUAGCUCAGAAACAAGACUCUGUCUAUACUAGUUAUUCACAACUUCCGCAUUCGACUGCUUCCUCGAUAGACGGAUACGAUACGUUCGAAAACACAAACAACAAGAAGAAACGCAAGGUACCUGAUACCGCCCUGGGCCACUCGUUGAAUGAUCUUGGGACUGGACAAUCCUCGCCUUCUACCCCGGUUCGCGUCGUUCACCAGGACGGUUGUGAUGCGAGUUGCAGCGCCUAUCAUUCUAUGGGCUCGGGUAGCCCAGGUCUUUCUGGUCCCGGGAGGGGCCGGUUCGGCCGCAAUAGAAGUGGUAGGAGCCCUUUGUCUGAGAGCAAUCGAAACAACAGGAUGAGACCUGCAAUGCGCUGGUCUCCAUUAUCAGCUCCGAGUACGGGAAUAAUAUCUAAUGCCAUCUCCAAAGUUGAUAAACACCCAACUUCACACCAGGGCCAGGAGAACGUCAGCCUCCUAGAUCUUCAACGAAGCUCCAAGUCCAGCCCAGGCUCCGGUCAAUUUACUUUUACCUGCGAGUCUCAAGUUCCUGGGUCUGCAAGCUGGCCCGGGUCCCACGGCAGGCCGUCCAAUGGGGCUCCCAUCCCAUCUAGACACGACGUUUCCGGCAAUUCAUCAAGGCCGCCUUGGCCCAGUGGUGUUCCUGCAGGCCACCAUCCGGGCCCCGUGCCACCAAACUCUAGAACGAUGCCGGGGCCUCCACCAGGGGCUCAACCCCCGCCUCCCCGGCCCCGUCGUCGACGCACCAAGGCCGGCGAGUACGCCAAGGCGGCCCAGGACAGACAGAACCAGAAGCAGCACGACAAGUGCAGAGGCAUCCACGAUGAAGAACACUGGCUUUGCUUAUUCUGCGAGUACGAAGAUAUCUUUGGCGAGAAGCCAAUGGCGUUGAUCCGGUCGUACGAGAAAAAGGACAGGCAGCGGCGUAAGGAUGAGGCCGAGCGCCGCCGGCUUUUGGAGAAAGCCAAGGCUAGAGGCCGCAAAGGCAAGAAACCGGUUUCUGGCAAAGGCACGGGCAAGGGUGCACACGAUCCGGGGCACGACUACCCCGCUCAUGGCGCUCACGAGCCUACGGGCGGAGUUCAUAAUCAUGAUCACGAUCAUCACACAUGCGGCCAACAUGCUUCACAUCAUCACCACCACCACCAUCACCAUCACUGCAGUGUGAGUCAUUCAGUGCAUUGCGACGACCCCAAUCACCACCACGAGUACGAGGACGAACAUGAUUACCAUGGUCAUCACGAGUACGAUGAUCACUACGACGACCUCGCUUCACCGGAGGGAGACGGACAUGAUACCUUGGACACCAAGAGCAGCGACUCUCAGGAGGGGCAUCUUCACAAGAGAGUAGCAGCAGGUGGUGGCGCUGCUGGGCCACCGGGUCACACUCGACCUCCCGAUAUGGCGUCGGCAGCAGUAUCGGCACGCAAUGGACCGCCCCCGGUCCGAGUCUAG